AUGUUCCAAAAUAUCAUUCGUCAUGUGCAGGCACCUAUACUUAGCCUCUCACGUCUCCCGAAUCGCCGCUCUUUCUCAUAUGUGUCGGCACACUCAGCCUUUCCAGCAAGCUUGUAUCGAUUUCAGGUACACCGUGACUCCAGGCUUUAUGACAAAACUUUUGAACAAUAUGGCCGGGAAGCCGAAGAUGGAGUAGAAGUCAAUGCGGACGGCUUGGUGUAUCCAAGUAGAACAGUCAAGUGUUCCAAUGGUGCAUUAUUCAUGCCGAAUACGCACUUAAUGCAAAAGGUCACACGGAUGUCGAAUAACUAUUACUUGGAAGACGUAGAAAGUGGCAAGGCCGCCGCCGAAGCUCAUUAUUUGUGUAUACCCAAAGGAACCGUUAUCCCAAAGUCGUUGAUUCUUUUCCGUGAGCAUACUUCUCGCUUCUCUCUGCAACCUGCGCAUGCCAUGCCACUUGAUAGCCUCAACAGUACUCUCACUCGGUUUUAUCUCGAAUUUGGGCGCACUUUCAAUCCUGACGCUUGGCUUGAGAGGAACCCCUACGAUGAUGCAUUUUCUGAUGACGAGGAAGAGUGGAUGGACUACUAA